AUGACCGCUUCUCAGGCGGAUCCCGAUCCUCACUCUCCAACAACCAAUGGUCUCUUCACUAUUCCGCAACUCUUCAGAAUCCAGACUACUUUGGAGCCGAGCCUUAACAAGGAGGUGAAAGCGGCCCUAACAAGGCGCGCUGCUCGGAUGAACCAAUGGACUUUCUUCAACAAGAAAAUCGAAGCCUUCAAGGCUCAGUCAAACGAUGGAAGCACUCCUUCAACCCCCGUCAAGAAGGCGACUCCUGGUCGGAAGCGAGCCCCCAAGGCCAAGAAGGGCGGUUCCGAUGAACAAUCAGCCGCUCAGGUCAUGGAAAACCAAAUGUACCAGGCACAGCCAGUGCUCACUGGCAACUUCAUGCCUAUGGACGAUGUAUUUCGACCGUUGGCACGAGGUAUUGGUGAGACGCUUGAGCACCAUCCAUUUUCAGGGCUAGCCCUACCAGGGCGCGCUCCCAACCCCACGCCUGAUACCACUGAGCGAGCCCCUAAAGGACAGGUCGUUGUCGCCUCUCAGCAAGUCCCCGAGGACCAGCUUGUCGUUGCUGCUCAGCAGCAUGUAUAUCAACCGGCCAUGCCUUACACCCACAUAGUCCCCCAAUACCCUCCACCCAUGCCGCCUAUGGGUUAUAUGCCGAUGCUGCCCCCAGCCAUGGCUCCCAUCGCAGCUCCUGGCGGCUUUACCUAUAUGGACAUACCUCAGCAUCCUCAUCUACAGUUCAAUGAGCCUAUGCAGAUAUACCCAGGCCCAUCUCACCAUGGGUAUGCAGGCCCAGGGCCAUCCUGCCCGCUCCGGCGUGACAGCGUACUGGGGUUGCCUGUGUAG